AUGGCGCUCGCGGCGCAGAACGACGCCCGCAACGUCAAGAAGCUGCGCGCGCUGCUGCCCACCGUGGGGCACGCCGCCACGGUGCGCGAGCUGCUUAGCCACGAGAUCCGCGCCGGCAUGCACACGCCCUCGCCGCCGCCAAAGGGGGCUGUACUCGGCGGCUCGAGCGCCGCCAUCGGCCUGACGUGGCUGCUCCGAUCGCUGCACUUUGCGGCGCUGCUCAUGAAGGCGCUCGGCGGCGACGGCGACGCGAAGCCGGCGACCGCGAUGGGCGAUGCCUACCGGCGCGCGCUGCAGCCCUACCACGGCUGGCUGAUGCAGUCCGUCUUCCAGCGUGCAGCCAAAUCAGCUCCCGCGUACGACGAGGUGACGAAACGGCUCUGCCCGGACGCGGCGGCGCGCGACGCUGCGGCCGCCGAGGACCUCUGCGCCUUCGCCGACUGCGGGCUGCAGCUAGUGGCCGCGCUCAACGCCACCCUCGCGGAGCUGCAGCUAACGGACUUGCGCAAGGUCUGA